UGUCAGUUGAUAAUAAUUACAAAUCAUAAACGUUUUAAAUUGAAUAAGUAAAAGCGUUAACGAUGAAAUCAUCAAUUCUUAUCAUAGCAGUUCUUUUGGGAAUGUUAUUUGUUCCAGCGAUAGAAAGUCGUUGGGGAAGAAGAUAUUAUCAAGGAACCCGCCGUGUCACCUUUCCUAUAUUUGGUGGAAGACCAGCACCAGCACCAGGUGUCGCAGCAGCUGCAGCCUUUCUAAGAAAUGAUAGAAGAAGAACUUUAGCUGCAGCCUGUGUCGCAGCCGCUACCGCUGCUCAAAGUGUUUGUCUUCAAAAUGCGUUGACAGUAACCCUUGCCUGUUCUACAGCCGAUUUACAAGCUCGAAGUUUGCCUAAUCACCAUGACGAUACUGAAAAGACAAGAAGAACAUAUCGUUAUAAUAAAUCUCAACCAAAUUUUAUACUUGUGAAGCAUUGUUUUCUGCCAAAUCCCAUUUCAUCCGAAUCUUUGUCUACUGAUUUUAUCGGGACUAAGUAA